AUGGCAGGAGAUAUACCUUCUACCCAUCAGUCAAAGUGUACUGACUUCCAGAAUGCCAGUUUCCUCAGAGGCACCAAUCUCAGAGUCCAAUUUCUCCUCUUCACACUUUCAGAUCCUAGCUGUGGGCAGCUAGUGGAAGAAAACACUGACCUCCAAAACUCUGGGUUUAAUGUCACUUUGGGAACGAAACUACUUAUCCAUGGAUUCAGUGUGAUUGUGCUGGGUGUUUCGGAGUCCUCAAUCCACAUCAUUGGUGUUAGCCUGGGGGCCCAUGUUGGGGGCAUGGUAGGACAUUUCUAUAAAGGCCAGUUGGGACGGAUAACAGGCCUGGACCCUGCUGGACCAGAGUACACCAGAGCCAGCCUGGAGGAGCGCUUGGAUGCUGGGGAUGCUCUUUUUGUGGAAGCCAUCCAUACAGAUACCGACAAUUUGGGUAUCCGGAUUCCCGUUGGACAUGUGGACUACUUUGUCAAUGGGGGCCAAGACCAACCUGGCUGCCCCACAUUCAUUCACGCAGGUUACAGUUAUCUGAUCUGUGAUCACAUGAGGGCUGUGCAUCUCUAUAUCAGUGCCCUGGAGAAUCCCUGUCCACUCAUGGCCUUUCCCUGUGCCAGCUACAAGGACUUCCUCGCCGGACAAUGCUUGGAUUGUUUAAACCCUUUCCUGCUUUCUUGUCCACGGAUUGGGCUGCUAGAACAAGGCGGUGUCAAGAUAGAGCCACUUCCCAAGGAAGUGAGAGUCUACCUCCUCACCACUUCCAGGGAUCCGUACUGUGUGCAGUUUUUCAUAGAUGUACAACUUAUUGACAGCAAUUACAAUAAUCAGCUACCUAAACAGCAACUCCGAGGGAAAGGAAUCAUCGCCCACCCGCAACCGCAGUGCCAGAUAAAUCAAGUGAAACUCAAGUUACAGGCUUCCAACCGGGUUUGGAGGAAAGACCGGACUACCAUUGUUGGGAAGUUCUGCACUGCCCCUUUGCCUGUCAAUGACAGUAAGAAGAUGGUCUGCUUACCUCAACCAGUGACCCUACAAGCAAGUGUUACUGUUUUUCAUGACCUGAAAAUAGCCUGUGUGUAG